GGCUACAUUCCUAUAGGGAAGAGCCUUUUUGCCACAUUUGUAAAAUUGCAUAAUUAUUGUUUGAAAUGGAAGUGGACUGUCGCUGUGCUUGCGGUUGGAAUCGGUAGUUAUGGUCAGCAUGUGUUACUAACAGGUUCUUGGCUGUGGGUUUGAAUCUAGCUCAGUCUGUGUGGAGUUUGCAUGUAAUAAAAAUAGAGGUAGAAGCAGUAUAACACUUUGCCUUUGAGCUCACUGUUCCAUUUUUGAAUCUUUUUGGCUAAAUUCUCCAAGGGGAUAACUAACUCAUUGAAUGAUGUGUUGGAGUGUUUCCCUGAUGGUCUUUACCCCAGAGGAGUGUCAGUCCUGCAUGCAUAAAGUAAUGACUGGUCAUAAGACAUCUUAACCUUCAACAAAGUCAAGUAACAAAACCUAUUCAUCUUUUGUACUUGUGGUGGAGGUUCAAAUUCACCCUCUUAGUAUUUUUCAUUAAUUUCACUCUCAGAUUGGAAUGGAAGGGAGAGUGCGUGAAGUGGUCUGAACAGACAUUUUGGAAUGUGUGAAAUUGGAUUUGUCUAAUAGAAGCAGCUAUAAUUUCAAAUGCUGGCCGUAUGAGAAGAGCACAAUGGCACCCCUUCCCUUUGAACUACUGCUGAUGUUGAUUUUUCUGUCAGAUCGGGAUUUGGUUUAGUUUAUUUUGAAUAUGAGUAGUUGUUGUCUGCCUCUUGUGUUCUGCAUGUGUCUAGGAUUAAUUGGUUUAUCUGUCACCAUAUCACUACCCUGGCUGGUUAAAGUGGCCGAAUUCACUUUGUCCAAACUUAAUUAUGAGGCAGACCGAGAGGCCGUGAUUAGAUUUUCUUCGGGAUCGCGUAGCACUGCGCCGGCCUGGGGGCAUCUCUCAGAAGGAUAUUGGUGCGCUAGAAAAUGAAUUGCUUGUAACAGAGGAACUAUUUGUUAUGUUGACUUGAAGCCUGGUUGAUUUAAUAGCUUCCCUGGUGGGAAUUGGGUCUGGUUUCCCAGAUAACUGGAAUCUGAAAAUGGGUCACAUCUUUCAGGUGCUGGAGUCCAUCAACACUGCGAGCUGGGUGUUAUUACGUUAUUUAAUUUGUUCACGGAUGGUCAUUUUUGCAGCAACUCACACAUCUCUACUUUUAUACUGUAUGCUGCAUUUAAGCAUUUUCUUCAAGGUACCACUGCAGCUCCCCCACGUUGUGCUUGCAAUUUCAAAGCGAAACUUUCCAGAAGUCUUUCUUGCACCAAGCAGAAAAUGAUCAGAAUUAGGUUUGUUGGGGAAAUAAACAACCUGCUACCAUUUCUCUUGCACGUUGCUGGACAUGCAAGAUAAAGCCAAGGUAAAUAACAGUAAGGUGCGACCUUGCGACAAUAUUUUAUAGAUGUUAAACAGUUAAUGACUCAUUUAUGUUGACAGUGCAGUGUUUCCAUGUUUCUUGAAAUCGAUCCCUCGGAGAAAGUAGGCUGCGCAGGAUGAUGAUCCAAAGGAUACAUCUAGUUCUCUGAGGAGGGUGGGGGAGUUUUUUGCAGUUUACAACUGAAUUGGUUAACUUAAUAUUCCUGGGGGCAGCAGGUGGCAUAGUGCUUAAAGCCAUCCUCUGAAUGGAAUCCUUAUUCUUCCUCUAGCUCCCUUGAGCAAGGUACUCAACACUGAACUGCUCCAAUAAAGAUGUACCAGCUGUGUAAAUUGGUGAAACAUUUUCACUAGCUGAACACAGGUCGCCUCCCAGCCAUUAAAGUGAAGUACCUCUUUUUGGCAUGGCUUGGUGUUCUGGUGGGGAGCUGGGUCAUCUACAUGCACUACUCCUCCUACUCGGAGCUCUGCCGCGGUCACGUGUGUCAGAUGGUCAUUUGUGAUCACUACAAGAGGGGCAUUAUUUCUGGAUCAUCCUGCAAGUCCCUGUGUGAGGAGAGCACAUUGAAGCUGCAGCGAUGUUUGUCUUCCUCACCCACUCAUCAGGUUUACAGUGGCGUUUGGAAGGAGAAGUCAGUGAUUAUAAAAUGUGGCAUUGAGGACAACUCAAGGGGUGAUGGGAGUCCAGACUCCCUGGUUCGACAAGAGAUGACCCUCUUUGACAAACCAACCCGGGGCACCUCCAUGGAUGAGUUCCGGCAAAUGCUGCACAAUUUCCUUAAGGCAAACUUGGGGGAGCACCCCUCUCUGGGAGCCCUAGUAGGGCUUGUCAUUAACCUGGCUGAUGUGAACAAAGAUGGGAAGGUCUCUCUGGCUGAGGCAAAGUCUGUGUGGGCAUUGCUCCAGGUCAAUGAAUUCCUCCUUAUGAUGGCACUGCAGGAGAAGGAGCACACCCCAAAGCUACUUGGCUUCUGUGGGGACCUCUAUGUAACAGAGCUUGUGGGCCACAGCGCCCUCUACAGGCUGGAGGUUCCCAGCUACCUACAGCCCCUCGUCCCCAUAGCCCUAAGCACUACUCUGAACCAGUGGCUGGCCCCGGCCUGGCCCCGUCGCGCUCGCAUCACAAUCGGGCUGCUGGAGUUCGUGGAAGAGAUUUUUCACGGAUCCUACGGCAGUUUCCUCAUGUGUGACGCUAGCCCUCGGCACGUGGGCUACAAUGGAAAGUACGACUGCAAAAUGGCUGAUCUGCGCAGCGUGGCGUCUGAGACUGCGGUACGCAGCUAUCUGAAAGGCCGCCAGUGCGAGACCAACAGCGACUGCACCUAUGGCAAAGACUGCACUGCCACCUGCGACAAAUUGGUGAAACAGUGCAAUACAGAGGUAGUGCAGCCCAAUCUAGCCAAGGUGUGCCGGCUACUCCAGGACUACCUCCUCUUUGGUUCUCCACCAGACCUGCGUGUGGAUUUGGAAAAACAGCUGCGCACCUGUGUAACCCUCAGUGGCCUUGCCAGCCAGAUAGAGGUCCAUCAUUCCCUUGUUCUUAACAACCUCAAGACCCUACUGUGGAAAAAGAUCUCCAACACCAAAUAUUCCUGAAGAUGCUCAAAGAGCUGAGGGACAAUUCUGAUGAUUCAGAUGAUUGAGCUCCUUUUUCUCUGAAGGUACUUUUUGUAUCACUGGAAAACACACAAAACUCUUCUGAAUCAAUGAACCAGGAAUUAAAACGGUUAGUUGGGGGCAUUGUUAAACCUUUACCCUAAAUUAAAUUUAUACCAAAAUUGAACGACUGUUAAAUUUCCAACCUUUAAUAUUUAUUGUUCAGGUCCUUUGAGUUAUAGAGAACAUAUAAUACACAGAGUCCCCUCUAAGUUCUCCUGCUCUAGUCAGUAGGUGUCUGUAGGUUGUGUGCAUUCAGUUGUUGUGAUGUCUGCGUGGCCAUAAGAUUGUUGGUUCUCCUUGGGAUACAGCAGACUUCUGUUAUUAAAAGCACUGAUGGGUAAGCUUUGGGGGGGGGGGAAUGCUGCAUCACUAAUACUGGUAACCUGGUGAAAUGGUUGGAAAAGGAGAAGAAUAAAUGUGAAUGGUCAGUUUUGCAUUCUGGGUUCUGUCUUUAGACUGCUGUAGAUAAACCCAGAACUUUCACUGGACCAGCUAGUCUAGUAUGUUAGAAAUAAUUACCCAAAGCAUGAAUCUUUUUAGAGACUAAAAGAAGUUUUGCAUAAAGUCUGUUGGCAUUCCUUUAAUGCUGAGAGUUUUGCCUUUCUACUCAGCCCUAAACCUAUAGGACACUGGUGCCUCAUAUUACAGAUGUUUGAAAUUGCAAACAUUUUACACUUUAUUUUUCAGGAAUAUUUAAUCGUGGUGGUCCAGAGCCUGUACUGGCAACCUGUUAGAAGGUGAAGGAGGGCACUUGCACAUUCUACAGGCAAGUGAGUCACCAGUUCACCUAAAACACUGCUUUGGACUGUAGGAGGAAACCCACACCGGUUCAAAACCAUAUCUGAAUACACAGCCAAGGAGCUGUGAGGCACAAGUGCUACUCUUUCCACUUUCCAAACCAUGUAGAGAGGCCAGUAUAGAGUAUAUGUUGAUAAUUUACUUAUUGUAGGUACAAACCCAAUAAUGCAUGUGAUUUGUUUAUGGAAAUAAGUUUCAUCCUGUACAAGCUUUAAGCCACUGUUAGUGCCCCCCCCCCCCAACUGUUCUGAGCCAUAAAAUAUUGUGUAUUGUACAUGUCACUCAGGGCAAAAUUCCUUGGGCAUUAUGGUUAUGUUUAAAAAUUACUAACAGCAUUUGCUGCAUGGAAGAAUAACCCUUUUGUUAAUGUAGGCUUGAUAGGUCAACUUACCAGUUUAAGUACAUUUUGAGUUGUAGACAGUCCAUGUGUUAGGUCUACAGUAUAACCAUUAAAAAUCUGGCAUAACAGUUGAAUUUGUUAGAAACAGCUGAUACCCCAUGCAGGUAAACUAUUAAAGAUGAAAUGUACUUUGCGUAGUUAUGCAUGGCUAUGAUGUAGCACAUUGGCUGUGUUUUAUAUAAGACAAUCAGGCAAGUUUUUUUCCCUCCCCUGUCAAAUUCUAAUGAGCAAUGCAAGCAGUGCUUUUUGGUUAAAACUAGUCAGGUACCCACUGUAAGCAAAGGAUGUAAUAUUUGUUUUUCUUAGUUUGUUCUCGCCAAAUUCUAGUCACAAAUGCACAGCCUACCUAGAAGAUGGCAUAAGGAUCUCAGAAUGGGCUUAAUUUAAUCCAUUACUAGCUGUCUGAACAUGCAAGAGAUGAUUUAUGGAAGGAGGACUAAUACUACUAGUCUUUAGGGUAAAGGGUUUGUGCUCCCCAGUCAGCCUCAAAAGUCAGUUCACCUAUUUAAGUAACAAUAUAGUGCUUCAAGUUAGUCAGAAAAAUUACAUUUCAGUGACCAGAACUAUACACCCUUGGUUUUAAGGGGUGCAUCUUUAACCUUUUCAUAUUGCACAGUUGAUCUCUUUGUAAAAACAGGCAUCUUAUCUAUUGCUACAGCAAGUCUUAAGUCUGAAUUCAAAGUAACUCAAAUUUAGUGGAGAGAGUUUGCUAUCUCCUGUGCACAUUAUACAGAUUAUUCAGAUGAAUCUAGGUCUUGCACCAGUUGGUCAGAAUGCAUAACUGCUUAAAUGUAAAGCGAGUAUGAAAUGAAGGUCUGGAAACAGAUUACUUGAACCUUUUAUUAGAACAUUCACAUUACAAUAUUUCAAACAAAUUAAGCUACUUUUAAAUUUUGAAACUGAUCCCAGUUUCUUCUUUCACAUUAACCUGUUCUCACCUGAACGAGCUGGUUGGCAGGUUGCCACAUCCUAAAUGUCUCACGUCAAGUCAGCUGGCUGUAAUUCUGGCUAGUGAGUCAAAGUACCUUCUUGUCCAUGGAUCUAAUAAAAAGUAUUAAACAUUAUCCACAAGGAUCUUGAUUGUUCCAUUUCUAAUUGUCAAUCUCUACAGCAUUCACAACUCAAUGUUUUCCUUACAUUGGUUUGUACAUCCAGCAUUUAUUUCAAAUGGAGCAGUGUACAACUCAUAUUUUGGGUCUUAGAGUUACAGGGUAUGUUUAUGGGAAACAUUACCAAUACCAAUUUGCCAGAAAGACUAUAGGAAGUUGUUUUUGAACUCAUAGGUGACAAUCCUUCUUAGGAUCUUACAGCAGAAACCCAAAUGACUAUUAAAUACUGAAGGCAUAAUAUGACUAAAUGAGUUUUCCAUGAAAACUUCACACUUCAUUGUACAGGUUUUGGGACUGGCUUCCUACUUAUUUUACUUGAUGAUAGUACUAUUAAAUUAAAAGUAAUCAGAAUUACAGGUGAACA